GACCCAGCGAGGUCCGAGUGGUAGGCGCAAAAAAUGGGAGGGGAAGGAGAGAAAAGGGCGGAAGGGAAAGGGGACAAAGAUUGAGAAAGAGCGCCUUUCAUUCUCGCCCAAUUCCCUUCUCCCUCCCCUCCUCCCCUCCUCCCCUCCUCUCCUUUUUUGCCGCCUACCGUUUAGGUCCAGUAAGCGACAACCAAUUCUUGGUAUGUUAUACUGCCCCUCGAGUGAUGGUCAACUGCUUACUGUAAUAUCUCUUUUGCAAUAUUAACGCAACAUUGUUUUUUUCCGUAGAUUUCACAGAACUUAAUUACGAGUCCGACGAGGAUAAGGAUUUCGACACGGAUGGAGAGUAUGAAAUUCUGUCCUUAUAGAAAAAAGUUCUUCCUUCCAAUUUUGAUAGCACAACUAAGUCUCUUGAUGAUGGAAUAAAUCUCGAAUUUCUUACUCGUCGUACACUUUCAUUAGAAUCAUUCAUCGCAUCUCAGAAUGUAAAUUUCAUCCUCAUGUAAAUCAAAAGUUAGAACCGCAACCACCUGUUCGCUAUAGCCUGUGUAGCAGACGCCAGCUUUUUCAGGGCGAAGGAAGAAAUUUCGAGGACGUGCGCGCGCACGAGGGGAGACUUCGUGUGCUUCUCUCGCGCGCUCUAUAAAAACCUGCACCUGCCACGCAGGCUGUGUGCUACUAUGAGCGAUACUACACCAAAGGACUUCUUAUUAGCUUUUGUGUGAAUAAUAACGAUGAGAUCUCAGAGAAAUGAAGAUUUAGAAUUGUGUGCUACAUAAUUAAUAUUACCACGAAAAAGAACUACUCCUUAGCUGUUAUUAUGUUGACAAAAAUUUAUUUAAAAAACUACUGAGUUUACGCGUUUGGCCGGACAACACUGGACUUUUCUCUUUUUUGUGUGUGAUAAGCUAAGGUGCUGUCAAAACAACGUAGAGAACGAGUCAUGUGGUACGAUUGUCAGGCGCGGGAAAACGUGUGAUUGGAAAGGCUCCUGAUUGGUUGAAAUACAUUGCAUUUGUCUCUUUAACCGAUUUCAGGAUGUAAGGAUCUUCGAAAUUUAAAAAAAGACUGAAAAACACUGACUUUAUAUUUUCCCCAUUUUUAAAGACCUACUUUUUGGGUCUUCUCCACCAGUGUAUUGUGCCAUUGUAUUUAGUACAAAUGCUCUAUUUUGAAAUGCCAUGCUUGGUAUUUUUUGAUUCUGUUUCACUAAAUUUUAUUCAUUUUCAGUAGAAACUAAAUUGUUUGUUAAAUAUUCGAAUGCAAGCAGUUUUCGUUGUCGGUAAGUUAUUGAUAAUUUAUGAUAAAACGAAGGCAAGAUUAAUUAAAAGACUGAGAGUACGAGAAAAAUGCGAAUACAACGAAAAUUUUAGACGUAUUACAUGAGUUAUAAAGUGAUAUACAUAUGUCAAGGUUGACAGUUUUUGGGAUGUAGAUAUAAACAUGG